AUGGGCAUGCUAGCUAACCCACCGUUACUCACGUGCUUCGUUGUUUCAACCGACCUUGUUCUUUUCUCGCUCGUUUCUCGUAAACUUCGUACCGUAACCCCACAUCAAGAUCGGCACUUCGAAGUCUCGACUUUCAAUCUUUCACAUCCGAUCUUGUUCGUAUUCGGUCCCGGAGAUGCAGAAACGCGAGGGAAGAUCAGUGUUGACACCAAUGGCAUGUCCUUAUACCGCAGGCCAGCCCCACUGCUGGUGGCGGGAAUGGAUCUUAUCGCCUUCCCAAUCCUUCGAAGUCUGUCCAUAGUUGGCGGUCAAUUGGACUUUGUGAUGAAGGACCUACACGACAAGUAUGGCGAUGUAGUUCGUUUCAAUCCUGACGAUCUCUCUUUCAUCAGCGCCCAGGCAUGGAAAGACAUUUACGGCUUCGGACAUGCAGAGCUCCCCAAAUAUUUUCCAAGUUUCAGCGGUUUCAAUGGCCAGAACAUUAUAUCCGCGAAAGGAUCAGAUCAUUUCCGGUUUCGACGAGCAAUGCUUCCAGCUUUCACGGACAAAUCACUGGCACAGCAAGAACCAAUCAUUGCCAGUUAUGUUGAUUUGCUCAUGACGAGAUUGCGAGAAGUGGCAGACUCAGAGAAGCCCACAAACAUCAUUCGAUGGUAUAACUACACGACGUUCGACCUAAUUGGUGAUCUUGCCUACGGAGAGUCUUUCAAAGGACUUGAGGAAGGAAAGUCAAAUGGCUGGCUAGACAACAUCAGCAAUAUGCUCAAGCUCAUGCCGAUUCUGGCAUUGAUGACUGUCUCUCCCACGAUUGCACAUUUGGACAACGCUGCGAGUCUUGCCAUGAAGCGUAUCAAUCGUACAGACCAAAGGGACAGAGGAGAUUUUAUGGAUGCCAUGAUGCGAGCCAAGGGACAGAAGCAUGAGCUGACAGAUGCGGAAUUGAUCCACAAUGCCGACCUUCUCAUCACAGCUGGCUCAGAAACAACAGCGACACUUCUCAGUGGAGUCACUUACUGGCUAUUACGCACGCCUGAAACUUUGGAGAGAGUCACCAAAGAGGUACGAGCAGCAUUCGACAAGGAGGAAGAUAUCACAUUCAAAGAAGCGAGCACAAGAUUACCAUACAUGCUAGCAUGUCUCCACGAAGGCCUUCGUAUCUUUCCACCUAUCCCAUUGGUCAUGCUUCGACAGACAAACCCAGGACUACCGACCCCCAUCGCAGGCUACUCCACAAAAGUAGGCGUCCACCAAUACGCUACUUUCCACAGCUCAACCAACUUCGCGUACCCCUCCGAGUUCCGUCCAGAACGCUGGCUCCCUGAAGCAGAAACUGAUUCCUCGUCCCCAUUCUUCAACGAUAAUCGCGAAUGCCAUAAGCCAUUUAGUUUCGGACCAAGAGACUGUAUUGGCAGAAAUCUGGCUUAUCAUGAGAUGAGGAUUAUUCUUGCGCGGAUACUAUGGAAUUUUGAUCUGGAGAUGGGAGAAGGGAUGCUGGGGUGGGAAAGGCAGAAGAUCUUCGGGAUUUGGGAGAAGCCACCUCUGAUGGUUAAGGUGAGGAGAAGAGCAGACAAAGUGAAGGAGGAAGUGAAGAGUUGA